AUGAUACCGACGCGCAGCGGGAAGAAGUUCCUCCUAAUGAUCGACGGCUACACGUACUCGCAGAUUAACUAUAGCGCCCACUGGCUUUGCUCGUCGAAGGCGCAGGGUUGCACCGCGCGCGUCCGCAGAACACCCGACGGCAAGAUCCUACAAGUGAACACGACCCACAUCCAUCCGCCCCCGAAAUACGUGUUCAGAGACGGCACCUUUUUCAAAUUCAUACCGACCGAGAAGGGCAAGUACAUACUGGUGCUGCGCGGCUUCACGUACUCGCAAGUCGGCGGGAGGUUCUUCUACUGCUCAUCGAAGCACAUGGGGUGCAGGGCGCGCGUGCGGCUGCUGGGGGGCAAGCUGGUGGCCUCCGGAGACGAGCACAACCACGCGCCACCAUCGCAUGCCCGCUGCGGCAACGGCGCCUUCGUCCAGCUGCGCCCCCCCAACAGCCCCCUGCCCCUCCCCAUCCUCCCCUUGUCGAUAGCUUCCCCCCGCGCCGCCUCCCUCGCCCUGCACGCGCUCAACUUCCCCCGCAUCAUGCCCAAAACGGACCUCUGGCACCGGCUGCCCGCGGCGGACGCGAAGAAAGACCCC